GUUAUUUGUUCCGUGAAUUUUCCGAAUCAACCACCGUGUCGCGGCCGCCGCCGCCGCCUCCUUCGACGGCGGAAUCAGGUCUGAACCGAAACGCUCAUGGUCCGACCACGCCUUCUCUCCAAUCACUCCCCUGUUUCGACGAUUCGACGGUGAAGCUAACACCAAGUCAACCUUAUUUGAUUGCGCUCGCUGAACAAGGCCUCAAUUAGCAGAUACAGUGGACAAUUCGACGCAUGGGGAUACUGCAUGAAGCUCUACGCAUCGUUCCGGUGCACCCGAAUGGCCCUUUCGACCAUAGCUUCUACAUGAAAAUUUUGCACCUCUGCAUAGCUAGGAAUGCCUUUACUUGUGGGCGCCAGGUGCAUGGUCACAUCGUCGCAAGUGGGUUCCCGUCGAAUGUCCACCUGCGAACGAAAUUGCUCGUGUUUUAUGCCAAAUGCAUGGAAUUGAAAAGUGCCCGCAAGGUGUUUGGUGAAAUGCGUGAAAGAAGUGUUGUGUCUUGGUCUGCUAUGGUUUCUGGGUGCUGCCAGAAUGGGCACUUUGAAGAUGCUUUGACGACAUUUGUAGAAAUGCGCAGGGAGGGUGUUAAGGCCAAUCAGUUCACUUACGGGAGUGUGUUGCGGGCAUGUACUAGCAUUAGGUGUUUCAAUGUGGGGGUGCAGGUACAGGGGUGUGUAGAAAAGGGAAGGCUGGUGGGUAACUUGUUCGUGCAGAGUGCUCUCAUUGAUUUUCACUCUAAAUGCGGAAAGAUGGAGGAUGCAGACCGCUUGUUCGAGAGAAUGACUGAUCGGGACAUUGUUUCAUGGAAUACCAUCAUUGGAGGAUACGCAGUUCAUGGUCUUCUUGCUAAUUCUUUCCAACUGUUUUGCUUAAUGAUGAGAGAAGGCAUGGCCCCUGAUCGCUUCACACUUGGAAGUGUUUUACAAGCCUGUGCUGCUGGUGGCACUCUUCUCCAAGUAAGCCAAGUUCAUAAAUUUAUAGUAGAAUGGGGCUUCUUAUAUUACAAAGAUUUGACUGGAUCCUUGAUUGAUGCUUAUGCAAAAUGUGGGAGUGUCCAAACUGCUCAUCAUUUAUAUAGGAGUAUGGCAGAAAAGGAUUUAAUAUCAUACACUGCCCUUGUUAAUGCAUAUGCUCGGGAAGGUAAAUAUGGCAAUGAUUUCCUGGAUAUCUUGAAGGAAUUAGUAUGUAUGCAAUUGGAAGUUGAUGAUAUUACACUCUGUUCUAUACUUCAUAUAUGCGCUGAUAUAGCAUCAUUGAUCUUGGGACGACAAAUACAUGUCCUUGUUCUGAAACGUCUAGCCAGUAAAGAUGUGGCCAUUGGCAAUGCUCUAGUUGACAUGUACGGGAAAUGUGGCGAGAUCAAAGAUGCUACUUGUGCUUUUGUUGAGAUACAAGUGAAAAAUGUCAUAUCAUGGACUUCUUUGAUUGCUGCCUAUGGUAGGCAUGGCUUCGGAAACGAGGCGGUUGCUCUUUAUAGGCAGAUGGAAUCUAAAGGGCUGAAGCCAAAUGAUGUUACAUUUUUAUCUCUCCUCUUUGCUUGCAGCCAUAGUGGAUUGACCAGUGAAGGAUGGGAUUGCUUUACUAGCAUGAUCAGUAAAUACAGCAUCAUUCCAAGAGCAGAACAUUUUUCCUGUUUGGUAGAUUUAUCUGCACGUAGUGGCCAAUUAGAAGAAGCAUGUAAGUUAAUACAAGAGAUGGAUAUCAAACCAAAUGCUUCUCUUUGGGCUUCUAUAUUGGGGGCAUGUCGCAUUUAUGGCAAUACAUCACUUGGAAAAAUAGCAGCUAGACAUCUUGUCAGGUUAGAUCCAAAAAAUUGCACAAAUUAUGUUCUUCUAGCAAGCGUAUAUGCUGAAACUGGAGCAUGGAAAUAUGCUCAAGACACUUGGUCCUGUAUGGAAAAGAUGGGCUUAAAGAAAGAUCCAGGAUACAGCCUUUUAUUACCCACAAAGAAGAGAAUUGCACUUCUGCAGCAUGGUUAAUGAUGUUCUUGUGCUGUUAUUCCUUCAGACAUUUUGGAAUCUCUUAAAUGUCUGCUCCCUCAGAAAAUAAGAGGGUAGAUUUUCUCAAGUUUUCCUUCCCUAUCGAUAGCCACAAAUGGUGCCAUUCAUGAAUGACCAUUCUCACAUCGUCAAUUAAUUUCUGGAGCAUGUAACCUCAAAGGUAGCUGAUUGUCUCAACAAGAUUCUUGAAGCUUGAGCAAAGUCAAGAAUUGAGAUGAGAAAGAGUGGUUUCUUGUCAAAUUUUUCAUGCAAAUAACUACUUGCACAGAAACCCAUGCCCAUCAUACAACUAGUGAGGGAAACUGAAGCUGUCAUAUAAGAGUUUACUCAGUCGGGGUAAAUUGAGCUACAUCAUAGAAUGGGGCAGUUGGUAGGACUAACUUAUUUUGUAUCUGACUUAUCCAGGAUCCCGCAUUCAGAAAUGUUCCAGCUAGAGAAGUUAAACAUGUCAGAUCAAGCCAGUGCUCCAAUUUAUUAGAUUUGAAGGUCAAAUUUCAGGAAAGAACAUUGAAAUUGGAAUGAUUGGCCUUGACUGGAAAUUCAGAACAUAUGCCAAAUUGCCAACACCUCAGAGGAUGAAAUGGCCACAGAAUCUUAUAUUGAAUUUCUCAGCCAGGAGCAUAGCAGCUCAACAUGUGAAGGCGGUUCUAGCAAGAUUUUUCAGGCAGACACAAGGAUUGGAAGCUGAACCAGCCACUUGAGUUGGGAAGGAAGAGGCCAAUGGGUGAAAACUUGAACAAAACAUAUAUGGCAAUGAGAUUUUGCAGUUGGGGAACUUACUUUUUACUUCUAACUGUAGAAAAGGGCAUAAUUCAUUUGUAAUAUAGCAGCAAUUUUCUUCCUCAAAACUUGAAGAAAUUGUGUUUUUCUGUUUUUGUAUUUCUCAUCUUCUCUUGUAUUGUACAAGUGUAUUGUAUAUAUAGAUAUUACAAGAGCCCUAAAUUAGGGAUGAUUGAGGAUGAUUAAGGUAAGUAGAGAUUAUGGGA